AUGGCUGGUCAGCCCGCUCUCAAGUACUACCCCGACAACAUCAAGGCUGCUCCUGGAUCCAUGGUUCAGUUCCAGUUUUGGGCCGGCAACCACACUGUCACCCAGUCCGACUUUGAUCACCCUUGCACUCCUAUUUCCCAGGUCAACAGCUCAGUUGCUGGCAUCUGGUCCAGCUUCAUGCCUGUUGCUGCUGGCGCUGCCAAGAAGGAGAUUCCCGUCUUCACUGUCAUGAUCAACGACACCAAGCCCAUCUGGAUUUUCUGCAGCCAGGGCAAGCACUGCUCCAACGGAAUGUCUAUGGUUAUCAACGAGAAGUGA